GGUACCUGAUACUGAGACUCAAACGUCUGUAAAUGGUGUUGCUCAAUGAUAUAUAAGAGAGGGGGGAAAGAGGCUUUUGGCAUUCACUCGAGUCCGCCUUGGUUUUCACUCGCCUCACCGCAGAGCAAAGAAUAAAAAAUGGCCUUCGCUGGUCUCAACGAUGCUGAUGUCAAGGCUGCCCUGGAUGGCUGCGCAGCUGCUGACUCCUUUGACUACAAGAGUUUCUUCAAGGCAUGCGGCCUGGCCAGCAAGUCCUCCGAUGAUGUCAAGAAGGCCUUUGCCACCAUUGACCAGGACAACAGUGGCUUCAUUGAGGAGGAGGAGCUGAAGCUGUUCCUGCAGAACUUCUCUCCCAGUGCCAGGGCACUCACCGACAAGGAGACUAAGACUUUCCUUGCCGCUGGUGACAGCGAUGGUGAUGGCAAGAUCGGAGUUGAUGAGUUUGCUGCCCUCGUAAAGGCAUAAAUUUCCACUGACCAAGAUCCACUUCUUUUCAUGGAACCGCAAACUCCUCAAAGAUUCAUUAAUCACCAGCUGAAAGAAUAUUUUUUAUACCUUAUUUAUGAGUUGCCUGCGAACUGUUUCUCAACAUGGAAGACAUAUUUUGCUGUUAAUGUUACUCAAACUGUGUUAUGUGUUCAGAAAUGAUGACUUGUGCAAACUGUACAACACCAUCUGCACUUUUGAGGAAGAGUGAAAAACCAGGAAUAAAUACUCUUUUGGUGUGAAGUCA